AUGGUUAAGAGUGUAUUUCGCGGUGAUAUCUGCGGUUACUGCAAUGCAUGUGUACGGUCGCGCCUAGACGCCGCUAGAGGACGCGACACGGGACCAGUGGAGUGCGCUUAUAAACAUAUAUUGGACGCUUACUGUCCCGGUGGCGGAAACACUAAGCCUCCGGAGUCUCCUAAAGCGGCGUGUGCGUCCUGUCGUUGGACAUCUGACGCUCAGUUUCCAGAAAGCGCGACGUCGUCCAGUGACCUUAGUCUCGAGUGGAGUUCGAGGUCAUCGCACCGGUCUUGCAUGCGGAGGCGCAAGAGGUAG